UUAUCACUUCAUUGCAGUCCAUCAUCAACUAAGGCUGGAAUCUCAGUAAUCAAUCUGGCCAGCGGUGCAAAAUAGUAUGCGCAGGCGCGCGGAAUCAAUUUAUCAAUCAAAACAGAAAACUAUGUUUAAAAUGGUCGUAUAUAUUUUAUGAUUUUUAUUGCGUUCAUAGAUUUUAUAAAUGUAAUAUACUGUUAUUGAGUAAUUUGAACAUAAUUAGUUAGCAAAAGACUUGCAAUGGGAGUUCCGAAAUUUUACAGAUGGCUCAGUGAAAGGUACCCUUGUUUGAGCCAAGUUGUGAAGGACUAUCAGAUUCCUGAAUUUGAUAAUCUGUACCUGGAUAUGAAUGGCAUAAUUCAUCCCUGCUCUCAUCCAAAUGACGAUGAUCCACAUUUUAGAAUCACUGAAGAACAAAUAUUCUCGAAUAUCUUUCACUACAUUGAGGUAUUAUUUCGAAUUAUCAAGCCUCAAAAAGUGUUUUUCAUGGCAGUUGACGGGGUUGCGCCCCGAGCUAAAAUGAAUCAACAAAGAAGCCGGCGAUUUAGGUCUGCCCGGGAGGCUGAAGAAAACAUAAAGAAAGCUAAGGAAAAGGGACAAACUUUGCCAACUGAAGAACGUUUUGACUCAAACUGUAUCACGCCUGGCACAGAGUUUAUGGUUAGGCUACAUGAACAACUUAAAUAUUUUGUGAACAAAAAAAUAAGCACUGAUCCUGGUUGGCAAGGUUUGAAGAUAUAUCUUUCUGGUCAUGAGACACCUGGAGAAGGUGAACAUAAAAUAAUGGACUUCAUUAGAUAUGAAAGAUCACAGCCAGGUUAUGACCCAAACACAAGGCAUUGUUUGUACGGACUUGAUGCUGAUUUGAUAAUGCUUGGCUUAACCAGUCAUGAUCCACAUUUUUCACUUCUACGGGAAGAAAUUAAAUUUGGCAAAAAUGUAAAAAGAAUAAAUAACCCUGAAGAUAUGACUUUUCAUCUUCUACACCUGUCUCUGUUGCGAGAAUAUAUUGAUUGGGAAUUUCAAUGUUUAAAGGAGAAAAUUUCUUUUGGUUAUGAUCUGGAGAAGAUCAUUGAUGACUGGAUUCUGAUGGGUUUUCUUGUUGGGAAUGAUUUCAUACCUAACCUCCCUAACUUACAUAUAAAUCAUGAUGCUUUGCCAUAUCUUUGGCAGAUAUAUAAGGAUAUUAUGCCAUCUCUUGAUGGAUACCUUCAUGAUGGUGGGACACUCAGUUUGCAGCGUUUUAAAAAUUAUAUUACCACCCUUGCAAAGUUUGAUCUUGAAACAUUUGAGGAUAAAUAUGUAGACUUAAAAUGGUUAGAAGGAAAAACAGCACAAACAGAUGAACAGGAGCUGUUAUCAGAACAGUCAGAUGUGGAUGGCAAUGUAGCAUCAACAUCAAGUGCAUUAUCAGAUAUGUCAUUAGAAACUGGCGAAAAGAAGAAAGGAAAAUUGCUAGAUUAUCUUGAAGAGAAAGGAGAGUUAGAUGAUGAAGAGGAUGACGGAGAUUUCACAGAAGAACAUGAGAAAUAUAAAUUAAAAUAUUACAGAGAAAAGUUUCAACGUAAAGAUGAUGAUAACUGUGAAGAACUUGUUAAACAGUUAAGCUUCAAGUAUAUUGAAGCCAUCCAGUGGAUUUUACAUUACUACUUCAAUGGGGUUCCAUCAUGGGGAUGGUUCUAUCCCUUUCAUUAUGCACCGUAUGUAUCAGAUGUGAAAGACUUUCAAGAUCACCCACUCUCCUUUGACAUUGGCAAACCAUUCCUACCAUUUGAGCAACUCCUUGCUGUCCUCCCUGCUGCUAGCAAGACACUUCUUCCAGAACCAUUUCAUAGUCUAAUGAUCAUGGAUAAUUCUCCUAUCAUUGAAUAUUAUCCACCUAAAUUUGAAACUGAUCUAAAUGGGAAAAGGCAGGAUUGGGAGGCUGUAGUGUUAAUACCAUUUAUCGAUGAGGAAAGGUUAUUGGAAGCAAUGGAACCUUUGUAUCCUCGACUAAAAAAGAGUGAAAAAGAUCGCAAUAAACACAGUUCGUGUUUACUUUAUACUCAUGAACCUGAAAAAUCUCAAUGUUAUCCAUCUUCUCUUCCUGGUGUUUUUCCUGACUUGGAAUGUUGUCGUGCAAAUUGUGAAACUAUUCCAAUUGAUAAAUAUCGACUGCCAAGAAGUGAAAUAGUGAAAGGUAUCUUGCCGGAUGUCAAACUGGAUGUGUAUUUUCCUGGAUUUCCCACCUUGAAACAUGUUUCACAUUCAGGUGAACUAAGAAAAAUUGGUGUGAAAGUUUUCCAAAUGCACAGUCGAGGUGAAAGUAUGGUUCUAAAGAUUGAUGAAACAGAUGAACUUAAUUUAAAAGAGAUUGCAGAUUCAUUGUUAGGCAAGCCAUGUUAUGUUGGUUGGCCUCAUCUGAUUGAAGCUUUUGUAACUAAAGUUAGUGAUGAUAGUAAAAAGUAAAAUCUUUAAAAAAAAGCUAUUAACUUGAGCUUAUAUUGAUUUUCAAAGUAAUAUCUUCAAGAGGUAACAUUAACUGAAAGUGAUUCAUCUGCUUGGAGAAAGCAAGUUUCUUGUGAGAAGCAAAUGCAUAUUGAAAGGAAAGGGGUUGACAUUGGUAUGACUCACAUUUUAGUUGAGGCUUGUCAAAUACAGGGAAAGAAAUAUGUUUGUGGUGCCAAAGGAGAUGUUUGUUUAGAGAAGAAAUGGUCUGACUGGGCAGUGGCUUAUCCUCUUCAAGUGACAGUCAAGGAUAUCAACGUUUAUGAUGAGACUGAUGCAGGGACUCAAUGUGCUACAGUUGCUGAUCUAUAUCCAGUUGAAACAGAGUGCUUUAUGAUGGCAAUUCCACAUUAUGGAUCAUCUGGAAAGGUUAUUGAGGUUGAUUCAAAGACUAACCGUGUUAGAGUGCAACUGACGGUGAUCCCAGAACCAGACCUUGUGUCGCUGAUUGUUAAUAAAGAUGAUUAUGUUGAAAACUACAUACCUGCUCGCAUCAUGGCCAAGCGCCUGGGAAUCACGUCGCAGGCUCUUGCUCAGAUCACUGGAAAAGUAUUUCUUUCCAUUAGCGAGAGAGAAAAUUCCAGCAAAGUUGAUAUCGGAUUGAAUUUGAAAUUUUCCAAGCAAGAUAAGGAGGUUUUGGGAUACGCUCGGAGACAUGACAGUGGCUGGAGUUAUUCACCUAAAACAGAGAAAACAAUUUCCGAAUAUCAAGAAAAAUUCCCGCAAGUCUUCGAUGUUCUUUCAAAGCAUUCGUCGGACACACUUAAAGUAUCAGACGUGUUUCCUGAUAACGAAAAGUCUAAAACUCUCUCUGAAGUAGAAAAAUGGUUAAAAACGCUCCCCAGUCAUAAACAGAAAGCUGUAAGUUGUGGAAGCUCUACUCUAGACGAACCAAUUGUGAAACAAAUCGAGGAAGCGAUCGAAAAACUAAAGGAGGAAAAACCGACUAGGAAAAAUGUAAAAGUUCGAGUAAAACCUUCUGUUUUGUUUCGGCCGAUGAAAGAGUUGGGACAAGUUCCUCCAGAUCCAGCUGCUGAUUUUGAACUUUUCGAUCGAGUUGUUAAUGUUCGGACAUUAGGAGUAGCUCCGUAUGGCUUGAAAGGAACUAUUGUCGGAAUACAUAAAGGUAAAGCAGAAAACGAGCCGGUAAAUUACGAAAUUUUGUUUGACGAGCCUUUCAUGGGAGGUCACUCAUUAAGAGGUUCAAGUGCAUUUGAAAACAAAUUAUAUGUGAUGCCGGCGUGGUCGUUACUCAAUCUUUCAUAUGGUACUCGCUUGGAAUAUAAAAAGAAGGGUAUUCCAUCACCACUAGUCCAAGCUCGACAGAAGCGUCAACAUGGUUCUGGACACCACAGCAAGGGGGUACCGGCUGAAUACAAGCCUAGUAAUAGAGGGGGCUCGUAUCAUAGAGAUUUCUACUCCGCUUGGCAAACGCCACCGACAAACAAUGAUCGACAACAUACGACUCCUAACGAGCGAACUCCGAACAGCAAGGAGCGAGCUCCGAAAGGCAACGAGCGAGCUCCGAAAGGCAACGAGCGAGCUCCGAAAGGCAACGAGCGACAUUCAAGUUCACGACCCCGUUUUGCCAGCCCAGAAUUCAACUCCUCUGUUAAUCGUUCUCGCUUUUCUCCACGAUGGAACAGCCCGCGGAACAACCUGGGAAAUAAUCCACAAAAUCCUCAGGUUUCUUCUCAAAAUUCACGUGGUUUUCAGAAACAGUCACAGCCAUCACAUGGUUUUGUUGUAGAUUCUAGUGCGGCAGUGGACCCCAAAGAUCAAUUAUCCGCACAGGAAAGUGAACGCGUCAUUCGUCAGCUUCUUAACUUGAAUGGUUCACAAGGAACACAGUCAACACCCAGUUCAUCUCAAGUCGUGUUUAACAUGCCGGAUAACGCCUUUAUGACUCCUUCUUUGUCGCCUGUUUCUCCAUUUUCACCAUCAAGCAACCCCUCUGGCUUGUUAGUAUCCGCGUGUCGUCAAAAUCGUUGGCCAGACCCUACGUUUAAUCAUCAACGUAUAGCUCAGCACGUGAUUUCAACAGUUUGCGUGGCUGGGAAGUUAUUUAGUGGACUUCCAUCCCCGACAAUCGAAGAUGCAGUAAAGAGUGCCGCGCAUUUUGCUUUAGUGUCGCUCUUUCCCCACCUGAGUUCGCCAUUCGUAUUUCCCCCAUCACCCAAUAUUCCUCCUUCCACAACGACACACCAGCUGCAGCACACCAGCGUCAACCAACACCACCAUGAAAGAACUUCUUCCAAACCAACUCAGGGUUCCGAAAAUAGAAAAUCAGAAAAGCCUACCAAUCCUUCCAGUGGUCAAAACCUUUUCAUACCUCUUCAGGUCUCAUUAAAGAGGAAAGAUGCAGUUAGUACCACACCAAAUAAAACAUCUGAAGGCAAUGAGACAAUGGAGCAAAAAACAUCUGCAGACCAAAAUUUAACAAAUAUUCAGGAACCAAUGAAUAUCGAGCAAGACAGUACCCAAGAUCCUGCCAAAACCAAGAAUCAGGAAAAUGCCCAGGAUCAAGGCGAUAAAACCCAAGAUCCAGAUAAAACCAAAGAUCCUGACAAUGCUCAGGAUCCAGGCCAUAAAACCCAAGAUCCAGGUAAAACCAAAGAUCCUGACAAUGCUCAAGAUCCAGGCGAUAAAACCCAAGAUCCAGAUAAAACCAAAGAUCCUGACAACGCUCAGGAUCCAGGCGAUAAAACCCAAGAUCCAGAUAAAACCAAAGAUCCUGACAACGCUCAGGAUAAAGGCAAUACAACCCAAGAUCCAGGUAAAACCAAAGAUCCUGACAAUGCUCAAAAUCCAGGCCAUACCAAAGAUCUUGAGAACACCAAAGACAGCGAUAAAACUCGGGAUCCAGCUGAAACACACGAAGAAACAAACACAUUAACAGACAUUGAUGUGACAAGGAGACCAAACCAGAGCGAAUCCCAUGUAAAUGAACCGAGAACAACGAAAGCUGGCGCAAAUAAGGAGAAACCAAAAUUACUUGCACCAAGUUUUUUUAAGGGAAAGGAAUAACAAUUGUUUUAUUUUGUACAAAGGGUAGUUAUGUAUUUUCACAAAGUAGGAAGGGACGGAACUUAAUUAUUGUUCUUAAAUUUGAUUUUUAAAGUUUUCACGAACAAAUAUUUGUCAAUUAUAUAAUAUAUAGAAGCAAAGCCUUAUUAAUGAACAGUUAAUUUUACAAUGAACAGUUAAUUAAGUCCAGCAUAAAUGAGAUAUGGGCACUUUUUUAAUCCAUACAUUUUCUUGUUCAUCUCGUUUGACUUAGGUUUGCACCUAUCAAUUUUCGUCUACAAAAGGGGGGAUCUUCUUUGACAAUU